AUGUCGAUCGACUGGCACGACUUUGUGGUCGUCGAGACCAUCGAGUUCCACGACGACGAGGACCCCGAGCUGCCGCCCCCCCUCAGCUACAAGGAGGUUGUCGCGCUGUCCAAGCCGCGCCUGCCAGAGGAGGAGGAGCCGGCAGCCGAGGAGGCGGCCGCCGCCGCCGCCGCGGGCGCCCCCGGCGCGCCCGGCGGCGCGGUGGCGGCGAUGGACGCGGAGGAAGCGGCCCUCGUGGCGCAGGCGGCGGCGGUCGGCAUCGGCGGCGGCGAGGAGGCGGAGGACAUGGAGGUCGACAUGGACAUGGAGGACGAGGGGGCAGCUGCCCGGCAGCUUCCGCAGCAGCAGCAGGAGGGGCAGCAGCCCGAGGAGGAGGAGGAGGAGGAGGAGGAGGGGCCGAUCAAGGUGGUGAAGGAUUACGUAAGGCCGGCGGCGCGGCCGGGCGCGAGGGGGGGCGUAUAUGAUCCGUCGAAAUACGCGGUGUCGCCGAUCACCGGGGAGCUGGUGCCAAUUGAGCAGAUGGCGGAGCACAUGCGCGUCAGUUUGAUCGAUCCGAGGUGGAAGGAGCAGCGCGAGGCGAUGCUGUCGAAGCUGCGCGACUCGACGCGGGCCGGCGACGACGAGAUCACCCGCAACCUCGUGGGCCUCGCCAAGACGCGCCCCGACAUCUUCGGUGGGCCCGAGGUCGCGCGCGCGCGCGCGCGCUCGCGCGCGGCGCCUGCGGUGUGGGGGCCGCGGGGCCGGCGGCAGCGGGGCGUUUGGGAGGUCGGGGCGCCGAUCCAUCGAAGCAAUUUUUACAACCGGAACUGA